AUGCACACGCUCGCUAAAACUUCUGCCCGCGCUAAACCCCUGCUCACCGCAAUCCUUCCUUUGCUCUCUGUCACCGCCUCUCUCUUGUCCGUGCGACUUAUUCUCCCCCCCUGCGUCCGCCUCCCACCCCUUCCCAUCGCCCUGUCUGAUAUCUGUGUGGAGCAGAGACUAAGAGGAGACUCCUACCUGAGCAACCUAACUUAUGGUCGCUUCAUGGACAUCCCUCCAGAGCCGCCAGUGGACGCUGAUCAGGUGGAGGAGUGGAACCGAGUGCGCGGGAACAAGUCCCUUGUGUUCCUAAGGGCCCACCGCCCCCACCUGGAGAAGUACUGGCGGGCGCUGCCGCUGGCAGUGCUGGGGGGAGUGAACCUCACGGAGUGCAGCAUCCUGGAACCUUCCCGCGACCGUGUGUACCUGGUGAUGUGCUGGCUGCACCGGGCGCUCGUGGCUCGUCGCAUGGCAGGAGGGAUUUCCCAAGACGCACCUAUCGUGUCGAGAAUAUACCAAGUGCUCUCAGACGGCAUGCUGGGGUACGAGAACGCGCUCAAGAUAGUGAACACGCCCUUCCCCUUCCCCUUCGCGCAGUGUGUGGCGCUCCUCCUGCACAUCAACGCCCUCGUCAUCCCGCUCCUCAUGGCCGACUGGCUCGCCGACCCCCUCCUGGCCUCCGCAAUCACCCUCCUCUCCGUCUUCUCCUUCUACCUUCUCAACGAGGUCGCGAGGGAAAUCGAAGAGCCGUUUCGCUUCGACCCGAAUGAUCUUCCCGUGGUGUACCUGCAUCAUAAGUUUAAUGAGCGGCUAGUGACGGCGUUUUCGAGAAGCGUUUUUCCUGCGGACGGGCUGUUUACGCACAUUGAUGAGAAGGAAAUGGCGUGGCUUUUAGCUAAGCACCGGCCGGUGACAGUGGUGAAGGGAGCGGAGGAGAAGGUGGGGGUGUUAGACAUCAAGGACUGUGUUAUCGAUGUGCUGUGCGGCAACGAGCUUGAAGAGAAGGCUCGGGCCGAGGCUGGCUCAGAGGAUCCUUCUCCUGCUGCUGAUGGACAGCUGGGGGAGUGGCGGGGCAGCAGAGACAGUGGUGGUUGUGGCUGA